AUGAAGAUUAUCGUCACAGGUUGCACAGGUCUCGUCGGCUCUGAAGUCUUGCGCUCAGGGAUCAAGCAUCAAUUCAUCACACACAUCUACGCCGUUACCCGCAAACCCCUCGACCCCAAGAUUGCCAACCACCCAAAGGUCACUCAGAUCAUCCACGAAGACUUUGAGCAAUGGCCCGAUCACUUGUUGAGACUGUUUGAACAUGAAGGUGUCAGAGGAUGCAUCUGGUGCAUCGGCGGGUGGGUCAACAAGUUUGCCUCACUAGAAGAAGCCCAACGCAUCAACAUCGCCCUCGCCCACACGGCCGCCGAGACCUUUUCUUCCACCCUGUCNCCCUCCGCUGCCGAAAUCUCGCAAUCAAAAGACAAACGCGGCAUCGCCUUCCGCUUCAUCUACAUGUCCAUGGCCGGCGCCGAGCAGAAUCCCUUCGCUUCCCUCUGGUGGAGCGCCGACAGCAGAAAGAUGAAGGGUGCAGCUGAAAAAGGGCUCUUUGAGCUGGCUGAUUCACGUACACCGGGCAGUUUUGAGUGCUAUGCUUUGAGAUUGGGCACCGUGUUAGCUGGAGGGCAGACUGUGUAUAAUUUGAUGAAGAUGGGGAGCAGCCAGAGUAUUUCUGAUACCUUGGUCGCGAGGUGUGCCAUCAAUACUGUCCUUGAUGGACGCACCAAAGAAGAGGGAGGUAGGGUGUUGGAGAAUGUGGCCUGUCUGGGUGAUGAUUGGGCUCAGGUCAACAACUUGCCCAUCGAGUGA